AUGUUAACACGACUAGCACAGCGCGAAUGUUUUACGGAGGAAAUAUCAUUACUUGAAUCGAAAAAUAGUAGAAACGUACAUAAAAAUAGUAAAAUACUAAGCUUACACCCGUUCUUAGAUUCUAAAGGCAUAUUACGAAUCGGCGGUAGAUUAUCAAACGCAAAUGUCAGUUACGAUCAGCAACACCCGAUAAUAUUACCCUACAAACACAAGUUAACGGACUUAAUAAUUUUAGAUUCACAUAUUAGAAACUUCCAUGCUGGAAUUCAGACUCUACUAUCAAUUCUACGUUUAAAAUAUUGGCCUGUUAACGGAAAAAAUGCGAUAAAACGAAUCAUGAAAUUUUGCCUUACCUGUUACAAAGUACAACCUAAACCUUGUGAAUUUCUAAUGGGGGAAUUGCCGAAAGCACGUGUAAACCCUAGCAGAGUAUUUUCAAUUUGUUCUGUGGACUACGCAGGUCCGAUUUAUGUCAAAGAAGGCACCUUAAGAAAGUCUAAGUUAAUUAAAACAUAUAUAGCUGUUUUUGUAUGUCUUUCCACGCGCGCAAUACAUAUCGAAUUAGUUUUUGAUUUAAGUACAAACAGUUUUAUCAAUGCUUUAAAGCGGUUCUUUUCACGACGAGGCAAAUCAAGUCAAAUUUUUAGCGAUAACGGAUUGAACUUUGUUGGUGCAAAUAAUCAAUUUUUGGAACUUUAUAAGUUGAUUAAUAACAAACAACAUAAUUUAGAGGUGGACAAUUUUUUGGUUCGGGAUUCUAUAAAAUGGAAUUUCAUUCCCGCGAAAUCUCCACAUAUGGGUGGUUUGUGGGAGAGCGCGGUUAAGUCAAUAAAAUAUCAUUUAAAACGUACAAUUGGUGACGCUUCUUUAACGUAUGAGGAGACUUACACUGUUCAUGUAUCUAUCGAAGCGUGUUUAGAUUCGCGUCCUUUAACGCCCUUGUCCAAUGAUAUCCUAGAUUUUACUCCAUUAACCCCAGCGCAUUUCAUUAUUGGCGAUUCUCUAAGAAGUAUGCCUGAACAAACGAUUUCUGAAGAAAGAAUGAACCGUCUCACUCGUUAUCAACGAAUACAAGUGCUGUAUACUCAGUUUUGGAGAAGAUGGUCCAGAGAAUAUCUGGCGACUUUGCAAACAAGAAACAAAAGGAAAACCGACGAAGACCAGAAGGUGAAAAUUGGAUCCCUUGUGGUUUUGGUUGAAGAUGACAUAUCUCCGCUUAGAUGGCCCAUGGCACGCAUUACCGAACUACAUAGAGGUCAAGACAAUAUUGUGCGAGUAGUGUCAGUGCGAUUACCAAACGGUCACGUUACCAGACGUUCAAUCAAGAAAGUGUGUGUUCUACCCUUGCCAGACGAAGAUAAACUAGAUCACUGA